ACAUGGAUGAUGGAACACACUUCAGAUAGAGCCCAUAAACUCGCUCGUUUUUUUUUUUUAAAGUUUGUUUUAUGUAUUUUUAGUUUGGAUGUUGCUUUAGUUUUAUCGAGGAGGAAACCAAGAGACUGAUACUUGAAAAGGGGAUUUUGUUGAGAGAAUGGGGGAUACAUCGAAACCAUUGAUGUUGGUGGCUGUAGACGAUAGUAACCAUAGCUUCUUUGCAUUAGAGUGGGCUCUUGAUAAUUUCUUUGUUUCUGUUGGUUCCAAUCAUCUCUUCAGGCUCAUGGUCAUUCAUGCUCGACCCACUCCAACUACUUUUUUUGGAUUCGGAGGACCCGGAACCACGUCUACUGAUGUUAUAUCACUGAUGGAUUUUGAUUCGAAGAAAGCGGCACAAAAGAUCAUUGAAAAGGUCAAGGAUACAUGCAGCAAGAAAUCGGUGCAUAAUGUGCCAGUGGAAUCAGUGGAAGGUGAUCCUAGAGAUGUUAUCACUGAAGCCGUAGAUAAACACCACGCAGACAUUUUGGUACUUGGAAGUCACGGCUAUGGCGCUGUCAAAAGGGUUGUUCUGGGCAGCGUCAGUGAUUACUGUGCUCACCAUUGUAGCUGCUCUAUAAUGAUUGUGAAGAAGCCCAAGACCCAAGUCCUAAACUGA